ACUGGCACCGACAUGGCGUCCGUCAUCAAAGGUGCGACAUUCACGGUAUCGUCCUAAACGCCACGCACGUUUAGGACGUUUAUGUUCGGCGCGAACGACACGGGCGAGAUCUGGGGCAGGCUGUUCGACCAUCGUCCGUUCGUCCAGGGUGAGGUCACGUUCUUCCUACGAGAGUUUCAGGAAAGAAGGUCCGACAGGGAGGUGGAACGCCUGUUUAAGAUACUUGAAUACACAACGGAGCUGAAGGAGAGCCAGUUGGAUCGCACCGAGCAACUCGGCGAUUGCCACUUGCCUAGCCUCAAAGCGAACGUGGAUGUCGCGCUGAGUAUGUGCAACCGUGUUUUACAGAGGGAGGAAAAUUUUGACAGUGAUAACGUUCUGAGUGAAAACAGAUUACUGAGAAAAAGAGAGUGGGAGAAGUUCAUAAAUGAUAUGAGCGACAAGUGUCAAAAGGUGGACCAGACGUUUCAGGAGAAGGAAACGGAAAUACAGGAGUUCUAUGUUGACUUGGAAAAGAAAUUGCACAUUACGCCAUAAGAAAUGACAAUAACUUUUUAGCC